GUCCAAGCUCCAAACAACGAGUUCGAGCAGAUCCAAGCAUUUCUCUCUCAUACGAAUUAGGCGAAAAGAGCUCGCCGCCGAUCGCUCCGAUUGGAGUUCAUCCAUGGCUUCAACGCCGGAAAUCGAGGGGCAGAAACAGAAACAUCGACCAAUUAUCCGUAUUGGUAUAUUCAUCAUUGCUCACAGCCUUCUAGUAAGUGUUGUUUGUUGCGUUGCUGGUGUUUUGGCUCUCUUCCUGUUACCUGUUCUCGCGAAGAAAACCUACAUUUCAGAAAAUGCCCUAAUGCCUGGUUCUGCCAGUUCCAUGAUCUCUGAUCAAGAUGUUUCUGGGGCAACAAGAUUUAUCAAUGAGCUAAAUAGCUUGAAAUCGAAGUCCCAAAACAGUGGCAUAGAAAUCCCAAGAUUAAUAGCACUUCAUAUGGCAAACAUGGGUGGAGAAGUGAGCUACCAUAAGUUCCAAACUCAACAAAACAACUUCCACCCUCUUCACUUUUUCACCAGCCCUAAUGCAGAAGCAAACUUUGUGAACAAAACCUGUGAAUCUUUCGCCAUAAACACCAUAGGCAUCAUUCGGGCCCCACGUGGUGAUGGAAAAGAAUCCAUUGUGUUAGUAACCCCUUACAACCCUCUUAAUCUUUCUCAAACUGAAGCUCUCUCUUUAGGAAUCGCAUAUUCAGCAUUUUCAUUGUUAACCCAAGUCAGUUGGCUAGCCAAAGAUAUCAUAUGGCUAGCUGCAGAUUCACAAUAUGGUCAAUACAAUUCAGUUGCUGCUUGGUUAAGACACUAUCAUUCCCCUUCAUUUGACACCUGUCAUGAAUCAAACUUGGAUUCUACAGUAUCUGUAUCAGUAUCAGUAUCUGAUAGUUUUAGACGAGCUGGAACAAUGGCAGCUGCUCUUGUGAUUAAGGUUGCAGACACAAGUGAAGAAUUUGAGCAAGAUUCAUUGAACAUUUAUGCUGAGGCAUCUAAUGGACAAAUGCCAAAUCUUGAUCUUAUAAAUAUUGCUAGUUAUUUAGCUGUUCAUGGACAGGGUUUUAGAGUAAGAGUGGAGAAGUUUAUGUCAUUAGUUGAUGCCACGUGGCUGAAGGUUAUUGGUCAUGUGUUUGAGUUUGUAGGGAAGAUUGCUAGAAGCUUGAAUCCUCAAUGGAAGUUUGGUGUUUCUGUAAAGGAGUAUGUUGAGGGAAGUGCUACUCUUGUUAGUUCACUCUAUAACCAGGCGUUAGGUGUCCCCACAGGCUCCCAUGGCGCUUUUCGUGAUUAUCAAGUUGAUGCGAUUACAAUGGAGAUUUCACCGAAACUGUCUUCGAUUAGUAAAAGCAGACAAACGGAGUUUUUAUUUCGAGGUGGAAGUUUGAUCGAAGGAGUUAUACGAUCAGUGAACAACCUCUUGGAAAAAUUCCACCAGUCCUUCUUCUUAUACCUUCUAACAUCUUCAAACAGAUUCAUAUCCGUCGGAGUUUACAUGAUCCCUUUCUUACUCCUCGUCGCGCCACUCCCCAUCGCCGCCGCAUCUCUCUUCUCCGACGCGAAUAACUCAAAAAAUCCUCCGUCAACGUCAUUCAAAUCAUGGCGAUGGCUUCACCCUACAAAAACCGUGUUUCUAAUCCAUCUAUGGGGCGCCAUCGUCUCCUUACUUCCGUAUUUCACAUACCAAAUCCCCGAUGCAAAUCCAACCUCCCGUCUUCUCACCUGGAUUUCCCUCUCGAUUUUUGCCCUAAUUGUUCUCCGGUCGUUCUUCAGAUCGUAUUCUGAAUGGACUCUGUUGAAAUCCGUCACGGUGUCGGCGUCGUUCGUCGGACUGUGUCUGAUGUCGGUGAUUAACUUCGCGACGGCGGAGAUCGGAGCGAUGUUUUUGGUUCCGAUGUGUUUGAUGAUUAGGCCGUGGAGAGUAGCGGGGAAAAUUCAAUCGUUUUUUAGUUUUGUUCUAAUAGUUUUCGGGUUCCCCGGGUCGGGUUUUUUCGUGGUGAGAGGUUUGUUUGGGAUUGAAAACGGGUCGGGUUUUGAUGAGUUUUGGUAUUGGGUUGAGUCUUUAUGGGCUUGGAAUAGUGCGACUUAUAUCUAUAUAUGUCUGGUUCAUCUUCCUUGUUGGGUUUUGUGUAUUUACAUUUUGUUACAUCGUUGUUAGGUGUUUCUUUUUUAGAAAUUUGAAUCUUUUUUUUUUGAAGGAAUUAAGAACACGUU